AUGGCUGUGCAGCUGCAGGGAGGAUCGAGAAGCAAAGGCAAAGCGGCGAGAAAGAACCGGAAAAGCCAUGCAUGGAGCAGGAUGAUUGAUCUUCACGCUGCAACCAAGACCGCCAAGAAUAUUAAGCUGCUCCUAAUGCUUGUUGUCAUUGACAGGCAGCUGUUUGACCACCUCUCAGCAACAAAGAUGAAGAUCGGCAAGGCCCCGGCGCUCCUGAAGAAGGCAGCAGCUAUGUGCAAGAGCAAGACCGGCGUCUUCACGGCUAGGCUCCUCGUCCUCGCCGCGGUCCGUCGCAGGAUGGCCACAGUUGGCGCCAUUUCUCACAGGAUCCAUGCCCUCAUUGUGGCCGACUGGGAGAAGGGUGCCAAAGUGGACUACCACAAGGCUCUCAUGCUCCGCAAGGUCGAGAAGCUGAAGUACCAAGUCGGUGCGAUGGUCGAUCCGUCCCACCAUUUAGCAUUGUUUGAUCAAGAGGAUGGUGUUGGUGGCUGCCCUGACUGGACACUGCACCCCAUCUUCAGCGACGGUGACGAUUUCUGUUACACUGACGAGUACGACAGAGAUGAUGAUGACGGAGAUGAGCCCUCGGUGAUGAAUGCAAUAAGGAUCAACCAGGAGGCUGAUUUGGAAUUCAAUAUGGAUGACGAUAUUGACCUGGCUGCUGAAAUGUUCAUCAGAAGGUUCCGUGAGCAGAUGAACGAGAGCUUCUUAUGAUGUUGUGUUCCAUAUAUACCAUGCACGGUAGCGCAGUGAUGAGAGUGAGAUCGAUAACGUAGAUAGGCCGGGGACAUUUGUGUCCAUACCCAAGGAUAUGAGAUUUUGCGGGUGUCAACAAGUUAGAAGUUUUUGAUAGAUAUACCCACCUCGUAAUUAAAAUUUGUACUUGUAAGUGAAGGAAAUAUGCCCUAGAGGCAAUAAUAAAGUUAUUAUUUAUUUCCUUAUUUCAUAAUAAAUGUUUAUUAUUCA